CCUCGCUGGGAAAGCUGGGAGACGUUUCUAUUUCUUGUUUGUGUUCCGUCAUCCCGAAUGCAGUGCAGACAUCAUCGUAUCUUUGACCGUUAGGGGGCCGUGUUGAACUUCUGAGGUGCAGAACGUGGGAUGGGGCAGCGUUUAGAACAACAUGUUUUAAAUUGUUUCGUGACGGCCAGCGGCUGCUCUGUGGUGCUCCCCCGUUGCUACGGAAGCCUAAGGAUGCCUAGAGCGCGCAGGCAACUCUCUCUGCGGUACGCGGAGUUGUCUUACGAGGUAAUUUGGAAGUAUUUCGUGAGUGUCUCGUAGGUCACCUCGCCGUUUUCUCCGCUGAAUACUAUGCAUUCCGGAUAUGAUACUUUUUUGAUCCAAUGAGAAUGCGCCAUCGUACAAUCUGGGUCCAAUGGGAACCCUUCAUCUUGCCGGUUGGCCAAUGAGAUGAUAGACGCUUCGUGACAAGCCUGGAUCUCAAUAUGGCGGCGGAGUCUGCCGCUCCGACGAGGGAAAGACAGGAGCGAUGCGAAGUGUUCUCGAUGGAUGCAAAGGAGCUCCUGCCGGAGAGGCAGUGGGAACAGCCAGAAGGUGUGAGGCCAUGCGCUGCUUUUCAACAGUUCGUGAGGGACGUCGAGGACAAAGAUGGCCUCUCAGCGACCGACCCCGGCCAACGUGCGCUCACGUUGACAUCGUGCUGGGUGUCACUGAGGACAUGGCGCCAGGCUUUACCCCUCCAGGAGGCUGCUCGGAUGUUGUCAGUGGAGACAAUGCGUUUUAUAAAUGGGCCGUCCAACAAAAACACGCCACUGGUGUCGAAAACCCAGCUGCGCUUCGCCAUCACCGAAUGCAAGACACAGCUUUCUGCGACAUUGGCACCGUUUCUCACCGUGUGUGAAUUUCUGGAAAGGACAUCCCAGCGCCGAGGUGGUGACCCACUCAUGCGGAGACUCCUGGAUGCCACUGCUUCGAAGCCACUUCCUGAAGCCUUGAAAGCUUGCGACUCCGAAGAUCUUCUGUGCCGUCUGGAGUGCUUGCGGUUCUGGCAGAAGUAUGACGUGGUCGAGAGGAUCUGCCGAGAACGGCUGUCCAUCCUCGCGCAGCAGGAGCUGGAGCAGCGCAAUGAGGAGCGGCGGCAGACGGGCAUGGAAGUGGUGCGGGUGGGUGUUGGCGGGCAGGCCUUUCUCGAACACCUGCUCUGCGUCCUCUACCGGCAGCGAAGGAUCCAGGAACUUUGCACCGAGACUUCGAGGUUCUCGUGCCAUGAAGGGGUACAGCUGGUGCGGGGUCUGGCACAGCGGGCCAAUGACCCCGAGCGUGCAGAUGUGGCCGAAGCCCUCGCGCACGUGUUCCUGGUGCGAGACCUCCUGCUGGCGUCUCCAUUCUGCUGCACUCGCGAGCUCAUGGUGCUCUGGUGCCAGUUACAGAGGAUACAGGGCCAUGCGGUGCCGCAGGUGGCACGGGCUGCAUUACGUCUGCUGCUGCCCCAUGCGUCCAACAGUGCGCAGUUCUACCUCUUCUGUGAUGUCCUGUGGGAACAUUAUGGAAGACAGCUGAUUCCAGUCUACCUGGAUCUUUUCGUGCGUGGGCUGACGACGGACAUCAACGUCCUCCAGACCGCCAUGCACUGGGAGAACUGGGCCAACGUUCGAGAGAUGGAGGUGCACAUGGCGGGUGUUCUGCUCAAGCUGGCGACCCUGUUCCCUGACUUGCCCGAAGUGUCGCGCGAGUGCGUCCUCAGUGCCUUUGCCCUGGAUCCCACAGAGGAGCAGCUGGCCCAGCUCGAGUCCCUCACCGAGCAAGUGGAAGUCAAGUCGACCUACAACAUCAGCGGCCAGCCCAGCUCACCUCAGGAGCAGGGUGCAGGCCGCAAACUCGAGGACGUUGCGGAUGGUCGGGCGUGCCGUUGCGGUGGCCGUUGCAGCGAUGAGCCCGUGCAGCAGAAGACAAGUCCUGCCCUGGCCGACGGGAGGCCUGAAUACGAAAUGGACUACUGGCACCCAAUCCUCAACCAGCAGAUGGAUGGGGUCCCCUACAGGCUUCUCAAAGACUUUGUGACUGUUCUCGAGUGUGUGCGUCCGAGGUGUGUUAACCUCUGUUCCGACUGGCGCUGGUACUUGGAAUGCUUUGAAAGCCGACGAGCAGCGCUACGGAACCGGAGGUCUAACGAGUGUAGCCACAGGACGCCUCAAGAGUACUGUGGCAGUGCCGACAGCGAGACGGACUCAGCCUCGGAGGAGGAAGAGAGCGAUGAAGAGGCAAGACGAAGAGCUCAGCUGCACAUUAAGAAGGUCUUGGAUAGUGCAGGGCUGCCGGUCAAACGCAGGGACAAGCGAAGAGCAAACGCUAAAUGCAAGUCGUCGCGAAAAAAAAAGAAAAAAAGCUCAAGAAAGCAUAAGAAGGAAGUUCACUUAGUGGAAAAUGCUGCUGCAGAGUUUGGCUUGACAGGUCUCGCAGAGUCUGCAGGUCUGGAGAUGAGUGGUCUUGGCUCAGCAGAGCUUGGUCUGACAAGGCUCGGAGCAACAGAGCUCGAUUCCGCUGAGCUAGGCCCAAUGGAGCUUUGUCCGACAGGGCUCGACUCGGCUGGCCUGGAGGAUGCAGGGCUAGACUCCACCGAGCUCGACGCAACUGAACUGGAAACGAUUGGCUUGGAGCCCAUGGACCUUGACCCCACAGACUUAGGGCCACCUCUGCAAGAAGAGAAAGCACACGAUUCGUUGCAAGUAGGGAUGCCCAAAGUUAAAAAGAAAAGUCAGAAAAAAGUGUCGCACAAGAAAAAGGAAGGAUUUGCCACUCCUGCACCGACUGGUGGUGGGUGCUUGCAGACACUGCGCGUUGUGCUGGAGCGCUUUGACAAACUCUCGGGGAGUGCACCGAAUAACCUGGUGAACAAGAAAAGUGGCCUCCGAGUUGUGCCCGUCUUGUCCCUGCCCAAUAUUUCACUAGACGACGAGUCAAAGAGGGCUUACCUAUGGACAGACGGGGCUGCAGCACCGAAGUCGCCUCUGUCAAAGCUAAACCUGCCGCAGGGUCCAGCAUAUCAAAGGGUGGCCACUGAAUUUGAAGCCCGACUUCAGACCACGCCUCUGAAGCGAUUUCUGCGGUACCAGAUCAAGAGGCCGAAGUUUUCGAGCAAGAAGGCUGUCCCUGUAAAAGUGUCUAUGCGGUCGGUGAAGGGUGUGCCAAUGACUCCUGCCACACCAGCCAAGUCGGUAUCGGUCCCCAAAGCUGUAAUGCCAGUGGCAGUCUCAAAGGCAGCAUCUGUAGUUUCUCCUAAAGCACCAGUUGCGGUGCUCUCCAAAGCAUCAACAACAUUAGCUGUGCCUAAAGUGGUCCCCGUGGCUGUUCCAGCAGCAAAAGGGGCUGCAGCACCAGUGACCAAGACCCACGCCGUAGCCGCUCCCAAGGUUUCACCUGUGCCAGUUUCAAAGGCACCACCACACGCAAUUAUCACAAGAACACAGCCAGGGACAGUUUGUAAAGCACCACCGGUGCUGGUUUCCAAAGCUCCCACUACGAUAGUCGCAAAAGCACCUGCUGUAAUCUCCUCAACACCUUUAGGUGCCACUGUUGCAAAGAACACUCCUAUGCUUGCUUCCAAGCCAGUGCCAUCAAUGGUUCGCCCAUUGAAGGACUAUGCAAAGGCUUUGAAAGGAGCAGCGGUUUCCUCAAAUGUUCCUUAUGCGGUUAAGACGAUGGGCAGCGUCCAAUCUGCUGUGCCGACCUCCACUUCUGCAAGUCAAAGCACUGUAAUGCCUGCUGCCAUGAUGACCACUGAUGCUAUUGACCUGCCCAAGCAUACUGUCGAUACUACAAUCCAGGUACAAGUACCCGCAACGCCGCGCAUCAUGGCUCCUGCGCCGUCUCCUCUGCCUAGCCAUGUGGUGUCGUUGCAGCAGGAGACCUUGCCACCAGUUCAGGAGUCGCCACGGCCUAUGGCAGAACCUCCAUUAGGAAUGUCUGUUCCUAAUGCUGCAGUAGCAGAAGCCGCCAAACCAUCCCAGCCACAGGUGGUGCCUCAAGUAAUUGCUGCACCACAUGGGACGCAACAAGUUAUUACAUCUACUGCAACGACCCCAGUGCAACAAUCCACUAGCAGUUGCUCAUUGCAAGGAAAUCAGCCACUCACCAUUGCCUCAUCGUGUGCUUCUCUGAUCACAAACGUUACCACUGAUGCAAGCCAAGUGCUUAGCCAACUCAAGCAAGGACAAGCCACAGUCCUUAGGCUGCCUAUCUACUCAAGAGCACUUCAGCAGCAGGUAGGUCAGGCAGGUGUGAAGACUGACACGCCAGGUGUCUGCAUGCUGCCAAUGAAGAUUUUGAAUGCUGCUAUGCUCUCCGGCCAGGAGAAGGUGUUGAAUGUUGGGAACCAAAAGAUUGCCAUCAAUGCUCUGCCUGGACUACUGGCAGCCUCAACAAGUGGCUCCACAACACUCUCCACGACAGUGUCCGGAACCGUAGUGAGCAGUGCAGCACCCAACAUGGUUUCAGCCAAGAUUGUACCAACAAUGGUGGGUGCUCAGAACAUGCAAGCUAUGCAUCAGUUACAGCAGCUGGUGCGGCUCAACACCCUACCAGGCACCAUGGCACAGAUGAACGCUGCUGGCGGUGCCACUGUGCUAUCGGCAGACCAGCUUGGAGGGCAGGCGGGGCUUACGAACAUCACAGCCCUGACUCUCCCUCUUCAGGGCGGACUGGUUGGAGGCCGCAUCAUAGCAGGCAAGAUCAUGAUUCCUGUCAACAGCUUGCUUCAGCAGGGCUCCACUCUUUCGGCUGGAGGUAUGCCAGUCAUCAUACUCAAGAACCAGCCUGCUCAAGCAAAGAUUGUCACUGAUGCUGCAAACUUGGCACAACAGGUUCAACAGCAGGUUCAGCAACAGGUUCAGCAGCAGGUGCAACAGCAAGCACAAAUUCAGCAGUCAAUACAGGCUCAGCAGCAAGUGCAGCAGUUGCAGCAGCAAAUGAGGCAGCAGCAGCAGCAACAACAACAGCAGCAGCAGCAACAGCAACAGGUCCAGCAAGUCCAGCUGCAACACUUGCAGCCAAAUGGCACAGCAGUAGUGUCGAAUGCAAACACAGCGGCACUUUCAGUCAUGGAUGGCACAAGCACGGUAGUGGUUUCAGCAGCAACAACAAGUGUGUCAGCAGUGUCCACAACGGGAGGAGUACCGAGUGCGACGGCGGUCAAGAAAACUUGGAUGCCGAUACGCAGCAAGCCGGGCGCUAUGGAGUACCGGAAGGCCUGCAACAUGCCUCCUGUGAAGGUCACAAAGGCCAAGCUGCUGGCCCCUGUGUCCUCACAGCAGCAGAUGCCCAUCGGUUACACCAGUCCUCAGGCCACGGUAUCUGUCACUGGUACUACCCGUGUGCUGGCACAGUCUGUCUGCAAGACACUCCCCAUUGCCAACCUGUCUGGCGUCACCCACCUCACUAUGCCAACCAUGCAGAUGGGUGUGCCCAUGGCUGUCGUCACUCCCAGUUCUGUGGCCGGCCAGAUCAGCAUGCCUGUCACGCAAAAAGUUGUCACUCGACAAGUGACCGUGCCUCUCGCGAGAUUGCUACAGAAGCCCACGCCUAAUGCAUGUAAACCCACCGAGGCUGCGGUGUCUGCUCUCCAGCCGCAGAGCAUCGCCGUCUCUGUCACACAGACACCGCAGACAGCAUCCGCUGUUCAGACUGUCCUGGCCUCUGUUCAAAGCACAGCCUCGGCAACUCCUUGCAUUGUAUCGACCCAAGCGAGCAUGCCAGUUGCCCCAGCUGAGGAAGAUGUUCAGAAGCCAACAGUUCCUGUGGCUGUUACAAAGAGUCCGCCGACUGUUGUUCCCACGACCAAGACAGUGACCACAACAGCAGUGAGUGCGGUAAACCAGCGCACUGGAAUACAUUUGCCAUUUCCAGAAGACCUGGUGGAUCCCAGUCCCAGUGGCGCCACCUAUGUACCCGUGAAUAGCGCCGAGCUGAUGCCCACUGGCCGAAGUGAGAAGCAGAAAGAGGAUGAAGAGUCUGCAAAGGCUUAUUAUCGUCGUAAGAAAGCUGCCAUGGCCCAGAAGGCACGGUUAGCUGCACAGCCGAAACCACAGCCCCUUUCCCAGUCUAUGUCGAAGUCCCUCACCGCCAUUUGUGACGCUGUUCGUUGCAGCCUCUUGGUCACUGACGAUGAGAAGAAUAAAGUAGACGCUGAGGCAACUAUCAGAGAAUGUCAAGUAUAUGAGCUGGACUACUCCAGUGAUGACUCAUCAGAUUGUAGUGUGGAAGACUUAUACGAAGAGAAAGCUUUGCUACGCCGUCUGCAGCACGAGGACGAGUUAAACAGCAUCCUGUACGUUUCCGACUCUGUUGCCUCCGAGCCGGAUUGUGAUCCAUACCAGUGGUCUAGUCAGUCAUCACUGCUGCUUGAACAGUUGAACUCUGACGGGGAUGCCAGGGACACCAUGACACCUUCCUCGGUUGGCGAGAGCAUUUUUGAAAGCGGCUCCAGUCUUUCCAAGAAGCUGGCUAUGAAGGCCAAGAUUUCUUCAUCUUCUGGUGGCAAUUGCCAAGAGAAUGGACUUCAGUCGCCUUCGAGGUUCACAUGCGACCGAUGCAACCGGGGGUUUUUCUCUGCAUACAACCUGCGCCGACAUCAAAAGAAUGUGCACAAGAUGGUGUUCAAGUCGCUGCAUGUGCCAUCGCAUGGCUCGAGGGACACCCCCUCUCCACAGCAGCGAGUCAUGGUGACAAAGCAGCCAUCAAGGAACACAGCAACACCCCAGCCCUACAAAACACCGAAGCACUCGCCCCAGCCCCCCAAGCGCACCCUGUUCGAUGUAACUGAAGAUGAUGAGAACUCAAGUCCGGAAAAGGUGUUCUGCGCUCAGUCUAUCGACGAAGACCAGAGGCUGUCCUUUGAGAGCCCUGGCCUUCCGUCUGAUUCAGAGGAGAGCGCUUUGUAUGGCAUCAAGGAUGAACCAUCAGAUCCUGGCAUUUCUUCACUCAUUUGCGACAAUGCAUCUUUUAACGUCAUUCCUCAGGUUCCACGAGACUUUUUCUCAAGAAAAGAGGACAAUCAACGCGAGCUGUCUCUGUCAGAUGUGGUCGCGGGAAGCGCUAAGCAGCUGGCUCCCAAAAGUCUUGUUUCCAAGCAGGUCAAAAGCCACGAUUCGCCAGAGCUCUCUAAAAACCUCGAUCCAGCGGACAUUCUGGAGUCCCUGGAAGUGGCCAAGAUGUCCGCCUGGACGUCGACAAGGGGGCCCCUAGUGAACAGGGGCGGCGGUGCCACAGCGGGGUCAAUGGACUGCGACGACGAGGUCAACGAAGUGAUGGAAGCUGAAGCUGGCCUGGAGAGCCUGCUCGGAAAGGAGGCAGGAGCCAACCACGGUGGCGACGCUCAGGAUGACAUUGACGACAUUCAGCCCACGGUGCAGCACAUGGGGAUGACGGACAUAAAGGACGAAGAGGGCCAAGGUUCACAGGAGCCCUGGAAUGCAGUCGACCAGGCAGCACUACUGGAGGGCAUCAAGGCAGUCGAGUCACUCGGCGAGUACGGGACAGACAGCCUCGACUUUUUCGUUGCGCCCCGCAACGUGAUGUCUAUACAGGACCAGGAAGGCCUGCUCAGCUUCGCCGAUGGUUCGCCGCACAUAGACGAGGAAGAUGCGGGCGACAUGAGCGAGGAGUCGGAUGGGGCGGGCACCACUGCCUUGACCAACGAGAAGCUCAUGGAGCCCCGCACAGAGGAAGGGGAGGAAAAACCGUGCACCAGCCACUGCCGGACGCGUUCGCGGGAGGCGUCCGUCAAGCGCAGCUGCCCGUGCUGUGAGGACUCGUCACCCAAGAAGCGCCUGACGCGGAGUUCCUCAUCGAGUGGCAAGACGCGAUCGGCAACCAAGAAAGUCAGGACAAGGUGAUCCGCGGCAGAACCUCUGGUGUGAGGUGGAAGUGUGUGGGCCCCGUGACGUUGGGACCCUGGUGAGGAGCUCAAGAGUUGCUUUGCGUCUCUGCCUGUGAUAACUGUACUCGUGUGCAAUGGGCAUUGGAUUCGAGGAACACGCAGCACCGAAACAUCCGUGCCAUCAAGGCCCACCUGUGUGCGUGUUCUGUUGGGUGUGCCUCAGGAGGAAUUGCACUCAUCAUGUCGCCAACCCCCAGCCAUCCUUUUUGUUUUCUUUCUGCAGGCGGGCUUAUUACACCAGAACAGAUGCCAACUUCAUUGUGUCCUUUCUUUUUCCCUCCCCUCCCCCCUUCAUCGACCAUUGUUGUUUUUGUGGGUUGUUUUUCAGAUGUUUAUUUGUUGUUUGGUUGAGUGUAGCCUUACACAUCAUUUUUCCGUGUGAAAGAUACUUGUGAAAUGAGAAGUUUGUUAUUUUUGCUGUGGGCUGGCUGCAAAAUGUACAUAGUGAUUGUGCCCGAGCGGGGGAGAGAGAGAGUGCAGUCAUGUUUCAUCGUCGAAGAUAUAUUUUACUGAGAUUUUCUAAAGCUAAUUUAUGAGAUGCCGUGCUUGUAACUUAUUUGGCCUGCCUCAACACCUCCAAUCGACCUUUUCUCACAAGUCCCAACAUCGAUAGAACAGCCCCGCUGUAGCAUUCGGCUGUUGACCAGUUUAUUUCCCUUUCUUUGCGGGUGUUAGAGCGGAAAAGCACAGCACUGUUGUUCUCUGGGAGGCAUUUCGACGAGGCUUGGAACGGUGGCAUCGCUUUCGAAUGCAAAGAAAAGUCCUGCGGUUGUCUUGUGUGAACAGGCAUGUUCUAGUCGUGUCUGCGUGCGGGUAGCACUCAACAAACUGGAAAGACUGAAAUUGUGCUCUGCCCUGUGCGUUGAUAAAAGUUGAGUAGUUUAUUACAUUUCGUGCAAAAUCAUGCGGCCGAAUGGCGUUCAGUUGUAUUUUAAACUGUUGUACAUAGUGAUGCGCUUGUUCUUUGCACAUGGACAAUAAUAGUCGGCACCUGUAAAUAUCCCUGCUUGGAAGCAAGCUUUUCUUUUCUUUUCGAAAAUUCAGCUGUAAUAUACUUUCACUAUACAAUAAAACUUUUUAACCUGUA